GGGACCCCUCCCCGCCUUCACAGCAGGAAUAUUCUCCAAAAGAAGCAUAAACUUGUCAGCAACGCAGAGAAAACAUCCAUCCAGACCAUGAGCAGUCCACUGGAGAAGGUGGUGGCCCAGCAUAAGCAGUCCAUCGAGGCCGCCAUGGACAUGUUGGAAAGGGGCGCCGAAGUGUUGGCCAGCGCCGUGGGUGAGCUCUUCCCCCUCUGCGAGGCCGCCGCCCCCAUUCUACGUCUGGCCUUGGACCAGACGCAGAGCAAGGAGGUGUUCUACGUGAAAGAGCAGUUCCUGACGGUGAGAAACAGCCUGGACGUGCUCUCCAGCCAGCUGGAGGACAUCGACUGCGAGAUCAAGAAAGGAUGGCUGGACUCGCAGUAUUUCAGCGUGGAGGAGAACAUCAGGAACCAGUUCAGGAAGUACAUGGACAUCCUGGAGGCCAAGGAGCAGUUCCGGGAGGUGAAGACUAAACUUUUCCUGGAGCAUUUUUCCAGAAGCGGAGGGGAGAAGAAUCUGUUUGUGCUCUACGAGGCUCUGAUGGGGAACAACAGCUUUGCAGAGACCAUCUUGGAGGUGGUGGAAAGGUAUGUGUCGAGGAACCGUCGCCUUCUGGAGGACUUCUGCGUCCGGCUGAAGGAGCUCCUCUGCUUGGGCCUGAUAGCUCUGCUGGGCCACUCUGCCCUGACCUGCAACCAGGAGGAAGAAGAGGACAAGAUCCGGGAGUGGAGCCGCAAGAUGGACGAAAUGGAGUCCCGCAUGAAGAGAACCAUCCAGUCCUGCAUCGCUGCCUUCCCCGAGCAGGCCAAACUGGACGCUCAGCAACUCCUGCAGGAGAAGCAAGCAGAGAACCUCCAAGAAACCACCCAGCAGCUCCUCGACUUCCUGGUCAAGAAGUAUGACUGGGUCAGCUGGUCGGUGCGCCUCAUCAACCACUCGGGGAGCACCUACCGGAACUGGCGGGCCGGCGAGCACUUUCACCACGUGGCGGGACACAACUGGUUCGAGGUGCUGCAGGUGAACAACAUCAACCUGGUGGUGUCCUUCAGCACCGGGCCGCAGCCGGUGCCGCGGGACUCGGUCCUUCAGCUGAUGGAGGGCCAGGCUCGGAAGGGCAACGCCUCCGCCGUGGUCGACGUCCUGGAGAAGCAGCUGAGCGGCUUCGUGGUGCACGCCGUCAGUCGCCACAAGGAGUCGGCGGCAGCGUGGAGCUUCCCUGAAGACUGCCACUACUGGGAGAGGCACAAGAACGUGGUCGUGUGCGUCCACUCCGACUAAACCCUCACGGAAUACUGCAAACCAUCCAGAUUGAACCCCCUGUUUUCCAAAGUAAAUAGCUUAUUAAUAGGCUAGAAUUGAAGUUGAAUUAGUAUUCAUUAUUUGAUUACAUUAUACUUAUUUUACAUUUAAUGAUCAAAAAUUACAAUUUUAAACGAUCUUAAAGGACUGGCCCUGUUGCUUUCAGACUUCUGCCCUCCUGUUGACACCCGACUUCUUCCCUUUGUAGCCCAAAAGUUGAAUUACACGUGUUCCUAUUUCACCGGCCCAUCUACGUCCCCCAACAAUUUGGUGACAUUAACCCUUCCUGGUCUAACCCUGAAAAAUAAGCCCUUGGGCACGGGCUGACUUGUUUUGGUAUUGUGGAGAACACAGAUUGUACAUUAGAGUCAGCUUUGUGCUCUGAUUAGACCACACUGACCCUAGUAGGCACCAAACUCUUGUGUCCAUAUUGUAUCCCGGACAAGCCCCUAAAUUAACAUGAUUAUGGAUUAAGAAAAAACACUUAAAAAUAUCUUAUUCCCACAUUAUGAACCCAGAAACCAAAAUUAUUACCAUGCAAAAAAAACCACCCCCAAAACAGGCUUCGCUACACAUCUUAAAAUAAAACAUGUAGUGCUUCAGAAAAUCUCUAAGUCUCCUAGACUUUUAAGGCCACUUGUGUAGUUACGUAUUGACUAACCCCGGAGGCUGAGGCCCUCACUGGCCGCCAAGGCUUUACCAAGAAAAAUGGGCGGCGCCGCCAGUUCUGAUGGGGUAGAAGUUCCCAGCAUGUUGAAACCACCGGAAGUGCCCCCUGCCACAGAACAGUAUGUAUUGUUUCAUGUUUGCUCCAUAAAUAUAUGACUAUUGUUUUGUUUUUUACCUUUUAUGCCCAAUGGGAAUCACACUGGAGGUUACUAACGUGCUCAUUCCGGAAAAAAACAUGUCAAUGUAGGAUUUUUGUUUACUUAUUCGCUUUUAGUCGUUACAGUCCAUUUGCACUGGAGCUAAGAGGGGUGGUGCCCCACCACAUUUUCUAUGCGCAUUACUGCCACCUACAGGUCGGGGGUAGAACAGUAUCAACACUUGUUUUUUCAGUGAUGACAUGUAUAGUAAAUAUAUAAUAUGUAUACUUUGAAAAAAAAGGGAUUCUCAAACUGUAGUACGCAUACCCCUAGUGGUACACGGGGUCCAUGUAGUGGUACGCCAAAGGAUUACUUUAUUAAACAUUCAAACACAGUGUUACUGUUCAAACUGUGUGUAAUGUCACAGUGGACACAAAUAUGAAAUAUACUUGUGAAAUAAAACCUCUGCCUUGUUUUUAGUAAAUACUUAGGCUUACUACGCUACUGUAUUAUAAUGUCGGCCAUUAUGCUGGUACUUGGAGAGUCAAGUGUACUUGGAGAGUCAAGUAAGUUUGCUUUGGUUUGAAAAAGUGUGACAUGUGCAGCUUGAUCAAAAUAAAUUCAAACUUACUUCACAAGGCAAACAUGUACAUCUAUGCCAGAUGAAAUCUUCUCAAUCAAAGUAAAAAAAAACUAUUAAAAAGUAUAAAAGUAUAUAUUACCUACGUCCAGACCUGUUUAGUUAUAUGACUAAAUCAUUUCAAAUAAGCAAAGUAUUAAAAAAAACAAAACAUGGGUAAACCAAAAUAUAUAUGAAAUAUAUUCUAUUUGAAUUCUUUCCAGCUUGUUUUGUUAGCAAGUUUAUCUCAGGUCAUAUUGCUGAAAAUAAGCCAAUUUUUCCAACAUAUUUUAGGGAAAAAAACGUUUUAGUUGGUCAAAAAUGAUUUGUAUUUCUUACCUUGUCCAACACCUGCAGUUUAAAGGCCUACUGAAAGCCACUACUACCGACCACGCAGUCUGAUAGUUUAUAUAUCAAUGAUGAAAUCUUAACAUUAUAACACAUGCCAAUACGGCCGGGUUAACUUAUAAAGUGACAUUUUAAAUUUGCCGCUAAACUUCCGGUUCGAAACGCCUCUGAGGAUGACGUAUGCGCGUGACGUAGACCGGGGAACACGGGUAUGCCUUCCACAUUGAAGCCAAUACGAAAAAGCUCUGUUUUCAUUUCAUAAUUCCACAGUAUUCUGGACAUCUGUGUUCGUGAAUCUGUUGCAAUCAUGUUCAUUGCAUUAUGGAGAAAGAAGCUGAGCAAGCAAAGAAGAAAGUUGUCGGUGCGAA